AUGGUUCUGGUGGCUGGAACAUCCGGGAUCAAGGCGCCCACAGAUUCAGUGUCUGGGUGCAAGAUCAAGGCUCUGCGCGCCAAGACGAACACGUACAUCAAGACUCCGGUGCGCGGGGAGGAGCCGGUCUUCAUCGUGACGGGCCGCAAGGAGGACGUGGAGAUGGCCAAGCGCGAGAUCCUCUCGGCGGCCGAGCACUUCUCCCUGAUACGCGCCACACGCAGCAAGGCCGGCGGGCUGCCCGGCGCCACCCAGGGCCCGCCCAACCUGCCGGGACAGACCACCAUCCAGGUGCGCGUGCCCUACCGCGUGGUGGGGCUGGUGGUGGGGCCCAAGGGCGCCACCAUCAAGCGCAUCCAGCAGCGGACACACACGUACAUCGUGACGCCGGGGCGCGACAAGGAGCCGGUGUUCGCCGUCACGGGCAUGCCCGAGAACGUGGACCGGGCGCGCGAGGAGAUCGAGGCGCACAUCACGCUGCGCACGGGCGCCUUCACUGACGCUGGCCCUGACAGCGACUUCCACGCCAACGGCACCGACGUCUGCGUGGACCUGCUCGGGGCGGCCGCCAGCCUCUGGGCCAAGGCCCCCAACCCGGGGCGACGGCCCCCAACGGCCACAGCCAGCCUCCGCGGGGACAGUGCCCUGGGCGCCCCCAGCGCCCCCGAGACCUUCUACGCAGGCAGUCGCGGGGGACCACCUGUGCCAGACACAGGCCCCCCCAGCCCCUAUGGUGGCUCGGGCAACGGGGGCUUCACCUUUGGCGGGGAUAGCCCCGCUGCACCCACGGGGACGGGCGCCCCUGAGGACUGUGACUUUGGUUUCGACUUCCUGGCGCUGGACCUGACCGUGCCUGCGGCGACCACCAUCUGGGCUCCCUUUGAGCGGGCCGCCCCCCUGCCCGCUUUCAGCAGCUGCUCGGCCGUCAACGAGGCCCCAGUGCCACCCGCCGCAGGUGCCCGGCGCAGCAGUGGGGCGGGCACCCCGCGCCACUCCGCCUCUGAAAGCAGCCGCAAACCCUCGACGGCGCCCACGACACCCGCGGCCCCGGCGCCACCCGCCGUGGACCCCGCUCCGGCCCUGGCGCGAGAGUGUGUGGUGUGCGCCGACGGCGAGGCCAUGGCCGCGCUGGUGCCCUGCGGCCACAACCUCUUCUGCAUGGACUGCGCCGUCCGCAUCUGCGGCAAGAGGGAGCCCGAGUGCCCCGCCUGUCGCACGCCGGCCACCCAGGCCAUUCAUAUCUUUUCCUAGCGGGUGGACCUCGAUGUGGUCGUGUCCUCCCCGCCCCGGCCCCGCUGGCCGCCACCAGGGCGCCCAGGGUGGGCACGGGCAACAGGGCAGGGCCGGGGUGGGACAGGAGAGGGACGAGGGACGGGGGCUGGGCCAGGGCCGGGGCGCGGGUCGGUUUUCACGGACCAGCUUUAACUCUUGGCGCAGGUGUGGAGACGGCAGACCCCGGGGCACCGCACUCGACAAGUGACAGUAUUGAGUAGACAGGUGAAAAUAAACCAGAGAGAAAAGGUCCGCUUGCACUUUUUAUUUAAGACCGGACCCCCUCCGAGGGUGGUCUUUUUAAAAGGAAAAAAAAAAUUUUUUUUAUCACUCCCGGUGGUCGUUUUGUGCGUGGCAGCCGUGGCCUGUGUCCCGGUUUCAGUGUUUGUUCGGCCGCUGGUCUCAGUACAGACGCUUCCACGAGGAGGGUGCAGACAUUUUUACUCCCUUUUUGGGGCUCAACGUUUACCGUUUUGUACAUCAGCCACGUGCAGCAGCGGGGACGGGGGUGGGGUCCGGGGGUGUCCCAACCAGAAAUUUCUAACUUUUUUUUUUUUAAUUAUUAAUCCCUUCCUACUGCAGUUUCUGUUGUCAUUUUUUAAAU